AUGGCAAGCCUGCUGUCACUGCUCCUGGGAAAGGGCUGCGACUCCAAUCUGGAUACCUACGGUUUUCUGGCCUGGGUGGUGCUGGUGCUCUGUUGCUUCGGCCUCCUGGCCCGGCUGAAGCUGUGCCGAGAGUGCUCAGAUCUCGCGGCAAAAGAGCUUUCACCGGAAUUGGCGCGAGUGACAGUGCUCGCUGCGGCUGAUGCUGCGCCUCUGCUCCUUUGCUCACUCGCCAGCCUGGUCCUGGAUGUGGAUGGCCUAGCAGCCGCGGUCGGGUCUGCCACCUUCGAUUUGAUGUGCGGCGUCGGUGCUCGAUGCGCCUCGGGCAGGUCCGUGACGGUGAGGUCCACUCCGAGCAGGAUGCACUCCGCCAUGUCAGAUGUUGCCUUCCAGAUGUUGGCCGUUGCCCAAAUUGGCUACAUCCUCACGGAUGUAUCUCUGCGGAGUAGCCGACAAAGUACAUGGUGGAAGGUGCCGUGGUUUCUUCCUGUGUUGACCUAUGGCACCUAUGUCCUCUGUGCGAGCAAUUUCAGCCAGAGGCUGCGAGUGGCUGCACCUGCGGCUUGGCAUGGCGACGACGGAGACGGUCUGUCAGUUGAGGUUGCAGAGGAAGGUCAUGCUUGGCCCAUUCGGCCGAGCAGGCCAACGCGCUUCCGGUGGGACGCCCCAGCGAGAGAGGUAGAACCGUCCAUGGCGGCCGGUUCGCUUGGAUGCCAGGAGUUGUGGAGGAAAGGACGAUGGAAAGACGGGCGCCGGCACGCGACUUCCAUGGUCCGUCAGGUCGCAGAGACCUGUUGUGCCCUGGUUGUGCUGUACCUCCUGUUCGACUGCACGGGCCGCCUUUCCUGCGUGGCGGGCGCAACGCCUGACAUCAUGGGCUUCGUUGCCCGGGUCCUUGCAUGUGGACUCCGGAUUCCUGGCAUCUUGGAGGCGUUGGCCCUGGCCCUGGGCGCGAAGAAAGGCUCAGAUGCCGAAGCAGAAGCAGCCGAAGCCGAGGACCCGAAGCUCCCGGCCGGCUCCUUGGCGCUCCUCCUGGCCUUGACCCUGUCACCCCAGGCGCAGGGCCAGGCACUGGAGUCCUUCGAGUACCUUGCGAUUCUGCUGGGCGCGCAGGUGAUGCACCUGGUGGUGCUGCUCUGGCUGGGUCGACAGCGCUGGGUCGGAUGCCUGCUGCUCACCCUAUAUGUUGGGUGCUUGGUCUGGGUCCUGACGCGCUUCUAUUUGACCAAGCUCUUGCAUAGUGGCCGACAGUAG